CCAAGUCCCACCUGUUUCCCCCCACUCUUUUAUCUUUCUUGACCCACUCAUUCAAGCUUGGAUAUCAAAGAAUGGCGAUUAGUCUCCAAUGCUUCCUUUUUUUGAUUUGUAUUUCCAUUUUCAGCUCCACUAUGGCUGCAACUGACCCUCCUUUGACAUUGGAUUAUUACAAAUCAACAUGUCCUAAUGUGUUUGAUAUUGUGAAGAAGGAAAUGGAGUGUCAUGUCCUCUCCGAUCCUCGCAAUGCAGCUUUCAUUCUUCGAUUACAUUUUCAUGACUGUUUCGUUCAGGGCUGUGAUGGGUCAAUUUUGCUUGAUGAUACAAUCGAGUUGCAAGGAGAAAAGAAAGCUUCAACCAAUGGAUUAAACUCUCUAAAGGGUUUCAGAAUCAUUGACAAAAUCAAGAACAAGCUUGAAUCCGAGUGUCCUGGGAUUGUUUCUUGUGCUGAUAUCCUCACCAUUGCAGCCAGAGAUGCUGUUAUCCUGGUUGGUGGACCUUACUGGCAUGUACCCGUGGGAAGAAAGGAUUCGAAAACGGCUAGCUAUGAUCUAGCUAUGGAAAACAUUCCUUCUGCAAAUGAGGGUCUUCUUAGUAUUAUAGCUAAAUUUCUUUAUCAAGGUCUCUCAGUCACUGACAUGGUGGCUCUGUCCGGGGCUCACACCAUUGGAAUGGCACGUUGUGAGAGCUUUCGCGCUAGAAUUUAUGGAGACUUUGAAGCAACUUCGGGGAAGAAUCCGAUAUCAGAUUCGUAUCUCAGCGAGUUGAGAUCAGUUUGUCCUGCAAUAAUUGGAUCAGGAGACAACAAUGUAACAGCAAUGGAUAAUGUUACACCGAAUCUUUUUGACAAUUCAUUUUACCAUACACUUUUGAGAGGUGAAGGGUUGCUUAAUUCAGACCAAGAAUUAUACUCCAGCCUAUUUGGAAUCGAAACCAAAAGCCUUGUCCAAAAAUACGCAGCUGACCCUGUGGCAUUCUUCAAUCAAUUCUCGGAUUCAAUGGUGAAACUGGGGAAUAUUACGAAUUCGGAUAGCUUUGUCAAUGGUGAAGUAAGGAAGAAUUGCAGAUUUGUCAACACUUGAAGAAAAGGAACAGCCUAAACACCAGCAUUUGGUUAUGAAUUGUUUGUUUGUGUCAAGAAGAAAUAAUUUAUAAAAAGAAAAUAGAUGUUAUAGUUUUCA